UGCGCAUCAGCUGUAGCUACCUUUGCUGAGACUCAAACCGCCGCUCGUUCACCUGCCGCCUCACGCCCGGGCUUGUUUUCUCUCGUUAACUACCACGACAACCUGAACGAUACCCCCUCACUUCUGGAGCUUCAACCCGGCUUGUAACCCCUUACGUCCUCUGUGCUCCCGCCCUUGGCCCCCAUAGUCCGUAUUCCCUGAAAUGGAGCAAGACAACCAAUACGCCCAGCAGGGCUACUUUGGCCGCCCCGUCGCAGGCGUCGGCGCCGGCGCACCGUCGGCGGCGUCAACCCAGGUGCCGACCCCCAACCGCCCCGGCACCCCGAACGAGUACAACGGCCGGAACCCCUUCGGCGACGGCCUCGAGUCCCAGGCGUCACAUCGGAGCGGCACCGCGGCCAACAACACCAACCCCUUCGCUAGCCCCGCCGCCUCGAGGCCCGCCAGCAGCUUGGGCUCCUCCUCGGCCGCCCUCGGCGCCCGCUUCGACGAGCGCGCCCAGCGGUACUUCCACUCGCGCCGCGUGAAGAAGGGGGAGGUUGAGAAGCCGUGGCUGGAGAAGAAGGAUCCGAAGGAGAAGUGGGUUACCAUCCUGCCCAUAGUGGGCAUACUCAUCGGUCUUGGCCUCUCUGGUUUCUUGGUCUGGGACGGCAUCAGGAGCGUCGUCAAGCACAACUACUGCCUGGUGCUCAGCAAUGACUUCUCCACCAGCGGCGGUCUUGAUGACUCGGUGUGGACGAAGGAGGUCCAGGUUGGCGGGUUUGGCAACGGCGAGUUUGAGGAGACUACCGGGGGUGACGAGAACGUCUACGUCGAGGACGGGCGCCUUGUUAUCAAGCCGACCCUGCAGGACGCUGCCCUGAUUGACAAGGACUCGGUCAUCGACCUCCUGAAGGCCGGCACGUGCACGUCGGACCGGCCGAGCGACUGCAUUGCUGCGACCAACACCACGGCCGGCAACGCGACCAUCGUGCCGCCGACCAAGUCCGGGCGCAUCCACACCAAGAAGGGCGCCAGCAUCAAGUACGGGCGCGUCGAGGUCACGGCCCGGCUCCCCAAGGGUGACUGGCUGUGGCCGGCCAUCUGGAUGAUGCCGGUCGAGGACACGUACGGGCCGUGGCCGGCGUCGGGGGAGAUCGAUAUUACCGAAUCGCGCGGCAACAACUACACGUUCCCGCAGGGGGGCAACAACAUCAUGUCGUCGGCGCUGCACUGGGGGCCCGACCCGGGCAGCGACGCCUGGUGGCGCACCAAUGUGAAGCGGUCGGCCUUGCACACGACCUACGCGGACAAGUACCACACGUUCGGGCUCGAGUGGUCGCAGAAGUACCUCUUCACCUACGUCGACAGCCGCCUGCUGCAGGUCCUCUACACAAACUUCGACAAGCCCAUGUGGCAGCGCGGCGACUUCCCCACCGCCACCGCCAACGGCACCCGCGUCCAGGACGUGUGGAGCCAGACGGGCCGCGACAACACCCCCUUCGACCAGCCCUUCUACCUAAUCCUCAACGUCGCCGUCGGCGGCACCAACGGCUGGUUCGAGGACGGCUCCAGCGGGAAGCCAUGGCUCGACGGCUCCGUCAACGCAAAGAAGGACUUCUGGAAGGCCCAGGACCAGUGGUUCCCCACCUGGACCAAGCCCGAGUUCGAGAUCUCCCAGGUCAUGAUGUGGCAGCAGUGCGACGGCAACGAGGAUCUCUGAGUUGGGGAGCUUCCUUUUCCCCAUCUCCCCUGAUCUCUCUCCCCCCUCUCUCACUCUCACUAUCUUUUCCUGCAAUGUUUUAAACCAGCACCCUGGGAAUAG